CCCACGAGCAAGUCAAACGGUCAAGUCUGAACGCCGCCGCACCCGACCGUGUCCCCAACGCGUACGCGUAAAAAGCCGGCCCAGGACUGGAACCAGAACGGUAUACCACCCGUCACCCUAGACAGGCUUCGUUUCCUCCGGCGACGGCGGAACGAGCGAGAGAGUCCUCGGCGCGGCCGACAACCGGCUGGGCUGCGGGAUCGCGCGAUUCAGCCGGCGCGAAGGGCCGCAGAACUAGCGGCACCGCACCGCGCCGCGCCGCACGCCAUGGCAGGUAAUAACCCACCACCAAAGCCAUGGGAGCGUGUUGGCACUUCAUCUGGCCCAGCCCCUUUCAAGCCCCCCUCUGGAGGCAGCACUAGCGACGUUGUUGAGGCCUCUGGGACAGCAAAACCUGGGGAAGUUGUUUCUGCUGCACAGAGCAAUGCUGCUUUCAACGUGAACAAUACAGUUGCAGGGCCUGUGCCCCCGCGUCCCUGGCAGCAGCAAGGAUACGGAAAUACUUAUGGGGGUGAUGGUGCCAGUACCUAUAAUUCAUAUGGUGGAUUUGGCGGGGCUUAUAGUAACGGUGGGCUAUACGGAAAUAAUAACAUGUAUUCAGGGUAUGGAGGUGGUUACGGCGGUUCGUACGGAGGCUCUGGGAUGUAUGGUGGGUCAAUGUAUAAUAACGGGAUGGGAAAUCCAUACGGUGGAAUGGGCAUGAGUCCUUACAAUCAGGGUCCUCAUUCGUUUGGCCCUCCAGCACCACCCCCAGGUUUCUGGGUGUCCUUCCUACGAGUGAUGCAUGGGAUUGUGAAUUUCUCUGGGCGAGUUGCAUUCCUUAUCAGCCAGAACACUCAGGCAUUCCACAUGUUCAUCACAGCUCUUUUGCAGCUAUGUGAUAAGUCUGGAAUGCUUUAUGGUGAGCUUGCGAGAUUCACAUUUCGAUUGCUGGGGAUCAAAACCAAACCAAAUAAGGGCAGAAUUCAGGGUGCACAAGCUCCAUCAUUGGAUGGGCCAGGCCAGCAGUUCGUUGAGGCACCAAAAGCUAGCAAGAACUCAUGGGAGAACGUCUGGAGCGGCGAUGCUAAGGGAAUGUGAGCUGCUAUAGGUGUGCAGUUACAGUGACAGGUUUUGUUAGACGAGGACGAUGAGUUUGCUUAUGGCUAUGGGGAGAAAGGAAAUCUGCUGAUUUCUGUUCUGAUGCAUCUGCCAUUUGAACCAGAGCAAGGAAACCAAGUAAUCCCUAAUGCUCGUUGUAUUUACCGUGAUUUCUUUUCUUCCCUAGUAUCUGUGUAGUGCUGUUACGAAGAGUUUGCUGCUGUGAGAAAUGUGAGCUUGUAAAGUAUGGCUUUCCUGAUAAUAGAGUAAAUAUUACCCAAAA